CCAAAACAGAGCCUCAUAUGCUAUCCCUGAACAUCGGUUUUCAGAAACAAAAUUGACUGUGCAUGGCAAUAUGAUCCGAAUCCAUUUGAUCACCAUUGGCGAUCGGACCUAUAUCAAAGACAUAACCAGCCCGGCGCAUAUUUUCUAUGAGAACGGAUCAAUACUGUGCAGCAGUAUUCUGAGAUAUAUACCACUGGUGCUUGUGUCUGCUUUUCUACUUGACUGGAUUCUCUACAUGUUUGUACACCAAUGGAAGUCUGGGCUACUUUCAACUACAGUAACAUUUGGAUUUAUACUGUACUCGUCUGUGGUGAUAGAUAUCACCCAGGGCAGAAUGGCUCAAAGAAUGAUUCAAGAUUAUAAGCUUGACAAAAGCAAAUAUCUUGCAAUCAGGGCUGAUGAAAUGGGUGUAAUAGAUAUUGCAUUCCAACAGAGCCAUGCCGGGCCAAAAUGGAUUCUCAACAACCUUGCCUAUCCCUUUAAAGCUAAGAUUUCUGUGAUCCGUCUCUAAAGUGCCGUGCAAUUAUUCCCCUUAAUAGGAGUGGAGCGGAACCAUAUUUUUGCAGUAAACUGAUUCCUCCACAAGACUCUUGGGUUGAUUCUGGAUUCCCUGUGGAAUCUAAACUCACACUCUCAUCUGCCCCGUUUGCAUACUUCGCAAAUGCAACUUACAUCCCUUUUGCUACAUUGAAGAACAUCAACUUUGAUGUUGAACCAUCACAGCUUGGAAUCACAAAUAUUGAAGUCAACAUUCCAAAUCCAUGCAACAAACUUUAUUCUGUUUGUUUUUCUAAUCCUCCUCACUCUUUGAGAUUUACUCUUUGUGGAAGAACAGUUGUUGGACAUACGUUUCAAUACCCAUAUAUCCAGUUUGAAAUCAAUGGUUGUUGGGCACCUCCAAUUCCAUCUCAUUGCAUUCGUCUUCGCCCAUCCAUUGUGGUGAAGAAUGUGUUGGGAAUCUGGUGGAGUAAAUCUUUUGCAUUUAUUCCCCUUCAGGUUGGUGUUGUUGUUUUGAAUAAAGCAAAUCUCAUAAAUACAGUUAUCUAAGAGAACGAUUUUGUUAUGACUGCUGUUUUAGAUGUAAAAAUGAUGUUGUGGGACUCUCUUUG